AUGAUCCUGCCAAACAUUCAAAUUCCCCUCCUCCUGUUGGUGGUACUGGACAUGGGGGGCACUAUGCCCAGUGCCCGGUCACCUCCCCGGGGCUGCUAUGUGGCAGAGGAAGCUGGUGAGCGUACAUUCCGUUGCAGCCAGGCUGGCCUGGUUGCUGUGCCUCUGGGCAUCCCAAAUGACACCCGUAAACUCUACCUAGAUGCCAAUCGGCUGGCAUCCAUUCCUGCUGGUGCCUUCCAGCAUCUUCCCGCCCUGGCUGAGCUAGACCUGUCACACAAUGUCCUCGUCCGCCUCUCAGAUGCUGCCUUCCAGGGUCUGGGGAACACCCUGAGAUACCUGGAUCUCUCUGCCAACCAACUGACAUCUGUGCCCGCUGAGGCCUUUAGGGAAUUACAGAUCCAAGUGAACCUAUCUGCCAAUCCAUGGCGCUGUGACUGUGCCCUUCAGGAGGUGCUGAGAUGGGUGAGGUUGGCACCAGGUACCGGGGCAGGCAUUGUCUGUGGCCCAAGUGCCCGGCCAGAGCUGGUGGGCCGGGAGUUUCUGUCACUGAUAGAGGAGGCAGAAAUGUGUGGCACUGGAAGAGGUGGGGCCCGAAGAGCCACAGAUGCUGCCCUGCUGGUCACCAUGGGAGGCUGGCUGGCACUAGUCAUGGCCUACCUGGUUUACUAUGUGCACAGGAAUCGGGAAGAGGCCCGGUGUCCCCCCAAACUGCCUGCUCCCCUGCCAGCCCCCUCUGAGGAUUCAUCCAUGCUCAGCACUGUUAUCUGA